AUGGCGCUGAAGGACAGCGGCGGCGGGGGCAGCGCGGCCGCCACCAUCCUGCCCAUCAGCGACAUGGUGUCGUCGUCGUCCUCGGCGGCGGCGGGGGAGCCGGGGGGCUGCGCCUUCCCGGAGGUGGUGGAGCUGAACGUGGGCGGGCAGGUGUACGUGACCAAGCACUCGACGCUGCUCAGCGUGCCGGACAGCACCCUGGCGCACAUGUUCGCCCCCCGCCGGAGCGCCCCGCGGGAGCUGCCGCGGGACAGCCGGGCGCGCUUCUUCAUCGACCGCGACGGCUUCCUCUUCAGGUACGUGCUGGACUACCUGCGCGACCAGCAGCUGGCCCUGCCCGAGCACUUCCCGGAGAAGGAGCGCCUCCUCCGCGAGGCCGAGUUCUUCCAGCUGGCCGACCUGGUCAAGCUCCUCGCGCCCAAGGUGGCCAAGCAGAGCUCGCUCAACGACGAGGGCUGCCAGAGCGACCUCGACGACGCCAACUCGCCCGGCAGCGGCGGCGGCGGCGGCAGCGAGCUCCUCCUGCUCCCCCCGCGGGCCGGCGAGAGGCGCUCGGGCUUCAUCACCGUCGGCUACCGCGGCUCCUACACCGCCGCGCGGGACAGCCAGGCCGACGCCAAGUUCCGCCGCGUGCCCCGCAUCAUGGUCUGCGGCCGCAUCGCCCUGGCCAAGGAGAUCUUCGGCGAGAGCCUCAACGAGAGCCGCGACCCGGCCCGACCCCCGGAGAAGUACACCGCCCGCUUCUACCUGAAGUUCACCUACCUGGAGCAGGCCUUCGACCGCCUCUCCGAGGCCGGCUUCCACAUGGUCGCCUGCAACUCCACCGGCACCGCCGCCUUCGUCAGCCAGUACCGGGACGACAAGAUCUGGAGCAGCUACACCGAGUACAUCUUCUACAGACCGCCACAGCGAACAACCUCUCCCAAGCAAGACCACGAAGACAGAAAGCAUGAAAAAAUCACAGACAAAGGGAGCGAGAGUGGAACGUCCUGCAACGAGUUGUCCACCUCGAGUUGUGACAGCCACUCUGAACCAAGCACGCCCCAGGAAAAUGCCACUUCCGCCCAGCCAGCCGCAGGGCACCAGCCAAACACUCUAACUUUGGAUCGGCCCUCUAAGAAGGCCCCCGUGCAGUGGAUGGCGCCCCCAGACAAACGCAGGAACAGUGAACUUUUUCAGACUCUCAUUAGCAAGUCCAGAGAAACAAACCUUUCCAAAAAGAAGGUGUGCGAGAAGCUGAGCGCUGAAGAAGAGAUGCAGAAAUGUAUUCAGGACUUUAAAAAGAUCCAUAUUCCGGAUGAUUUCCCGGAGCGCAAACGCCCUUGGCAGUCUGAACUCUUACAGAAAUAUGGGCUAUAG